AUGGCAUUAGAAGAUAAGAUUAGUGCAUUGCCAGAUGAUAUCCUGUUAACCAUUUUAUCACUCUUGACAUUGAAACAAGCAGUUGCCACCAGCAUCCUCUCUCAAAGAUGGCGAUAUUUAUGGACAUCGCUCCACACGCUCAACUUUAGAUAUGAAGAAAUCUUGCAUCGCAAUGACGGUGACACAGAUAAUGAAUGGGGCUGUAAAAUAUAUGGAGCUAAUUACAUGGAAAGAUUCAAGCAAGUGGUUAACCAAGUACUUAGAUCUCACAAAGCUCUAAAACUGCAUGACUUUGGCAUUCAUUAUCCAUUAGAUGCAAGCUGUGGUGAUCUUAUUGAUAUUUGGGUUGCUUUUGCAAUUGCAUUUAAGGUUUCCAAGCUUGAAUUGAACUUUUCGACCAAUCAAGUCCCAAUUUGGGUAUGUUCAUUCAAGAAUUACUCCUUCCCGCUUGAUCUCUUCGAUAAAACGAAGACGAUUGAGCCUUAUUUGGUACAAUUGGAUCGUGUUUUCUCCGUUUGUGCACCGCCUUUGAAUGUUGAUAAUGGUUUCGAGUGUUUUAGAGAGCUCUUCUUGAAAUCUGUAGAUCUUACGGACGAACAGUUUGAAACCAUUUUAUCAAGCUGCACAUUUCUUGAGUGCCUACAUGUGCUUUACAGUAGCAGGCUAGUGAAUGUGAAGCAUGCUGUUCCUCACAUGAAGUUGAAAUCCUUGGAGAUGUAUAGAUGUUUUCAGUUGAAGAAAUUGGAAAUAUUUGCUCCAAAUCUAGUUUCAUUCAAGUAUUUAGGGCCUAAGAUAAACAUUAGUGUAAAGGAUGCUAAACAGCUUGUUCAUGCAUGCAUGCGUUCCAAUUGGGAAACUUGGGAGUUUUCUAGACCAAAUCCUUUGAGUUUGCCCAAUAUGCAAAGGGGAGAUUUUGUUUUUGGCCAAUUUGCUGCAUACCUUCCUCAAAUAGAGCAUUUGGUGAUGGAUGCUAGUUCUUUUGGGGGAAAAAAAGUAUUAGACAAUGGCCCUUUGCUCUACAAUCUAAGGCAUCUAUCAUUGUCAAGUUUGAAUUAUGCCCAUGGUCCCUUCGGGAUGUUAGAUUGCUAUGAAAUGCUUGCAUCCUUUGUUAAGUUUGAACUAUAUCCUCUACAAGAUCCAAAACUGAGAAGAAUCGCUGUAUCUCCACACAACUAUUUGAAGGAGGUUUUGGUUUCUGGUUUUUAUGGCAAUAAGCUGGUUGUGGACUUGAUCAUGGUUGUUUUCGACUUUGCCAUUGAACUCGAAAAGAUUGAGAUUUCAACAGCUUAUUUAGGUGACCCUUCCAAGUGCACUAUCUCGUUAAAACCAGAUGAUGAUUUUCUUGUUAGAAAAAGCAUUGAGCGGCUGCAUGAAAGAAUGCCUGCAAAAGCUCAAUUGUACAUUCUUGAUGGUCUUUGA